GUUUUCCGCAGACAUUAAACUAAAUAUUAGCAAUAUAUAAGUUAAGGAUGUAUCAUUAAAAGAUGUUAUAAGUGGAGAAAGUUAUAAAUUAAGGAUGUUAAAAGUAUUGAUUAGUUGUUAACACCUUACAAAAAACGUAAUAGAUAAGCUUCUUAUCGUAAAACAGGGAUGGAAAACGAACAACUCAUACAAUUUAGAAACUUUUGGAACACAGGGUUUGACCCCGUAUAGAAAAACAAAACAGACUAAGGAGUAAAGCUAUGCUGAAUAGGGUAUUAGAUGGCUGGUGUUCUAUCGAGAUCACAAAUUUCAGAAGAUAUUCAAGAUUAUUUUCGCAAAGACAGAAGAAGAAAUCCAUUAAAUAACCAUACAUCUGUUAACACGUCACGUAAUAAAUCACCAAGAAACAGAGACAAUCCAUCAAAAUGCGAUACCUUGGGAAUACUGAUUGACAGACCAAAACACAAACAGUAUGGUACUCUUCAGUCACGAAUUGCUUCAUUCGAAAAUUGGCCACAGGAUAAAACACAAGAGGUAAGGCAGUUAGCUGAAGCUGGAUUUGGGUAUACAGGAGUAGACGAUUCUGUUAGAUGUUUUUAUUGCAGUAUAGGACUAAAAGACUGGCCAGAAGGAGCUUGUCCCUGGGAACAACAUGUUCUAGCCAGCCCUGAUUGUGGUCACGUGAUUCAGUGUAAAGGUAAAGGGUAUAUCAGAAAAAUUCUAGGAGAAAAAGACGAAGACUCUGAUGUUGACGUGGACGAUUCAGAUGAAGUAGUGGAUACUGUACAGCUAGCUAUAAAUAGAAACGAAGGUGCUGUUAUUGCCGCAAAAGAAUAUUGUACAGAUGAAGAUAUCUUAAAAAGAGCAAUAAAAACAUUGAUCAAGCAAGACGCACAGAAACAAUUCUCAGCUGUCGAACUUGUAAAAGUUGUCCAAAAUAUUGAAGAAACAAACGAAAAUACAAACGUAUCAGAGGAGCUUUCCGAAGACGAAGAGCAAGACAAUAUAGAAACAGACGGAGAAGGUUCUGAAUCAGAAGAAGAUAUGGAAGAAACAAACAGAAAAUUAAAAGAACCAGUAACGUGUAAAAUAUGUUAUGAUGCAAUUGCAUGUAUUAUUACGUUACCCUGCGGCCACAUGGUUUGUUGCGCUCAAUGUAUUUCAGCACUAACUAAAUGCGCAGUCUGUAGAACCCAAAUUAAAGGCACUGUCCGAGCUCUGAUGGCCGUUUGAAAUAAUAUACUUAAUACAUGUAACUGACUGAUGCUUGUCGACAACAGAAACUUUCAAUAUCUUUGACUGUCCUUCACUUGCAGUCCACAUAUUAGUCAUAGUUUGAGCACUUUUUCUAAUUUAAAAAUGUUACGUGCUUAUAUAUAUUCUUUAUUUUAAUUAACAUUUUUGAAUGGGAGCCUUCCUCAAAUAUUUGUACUAGAUAUUUACAAAACGUGAUAAUUACAAAAUUGUGAGUAAAAAAAUAAAUUAUUUUUAUUUAUCAGAGUUGAAGCACUUGUUCACACAAAGGACUGUUAAACAACAAUAAAUGUAUAUGAACAAUAGUUUCAUUUAUACUUUAACUUGAAUUUCGUAAACUCAUUCUUAACUCGCAUAGAAACUAUUUUUUAAUUUUAGUUUUCUGCUGACCUUUUAACCCGAUGAUGCAUGAUAUAUAAGGUAACUUUAAACGACUGUUCACGUCCUGCGGUGUAAAUAAUACUUAAUGAAGACAUGCGAUGAAAGGAGCUGAAAGUUCAAGCUUUAAGCUUUCUUUUGCAUAGACAUAUCCAUCAUCCUGAACAAUAAUUAUGUUACGUGAGCAGAUGGUUUUGCUCUUUGUUGCCUGGAAUAUUAUCUGAGGUGGUUAUAAUGUAAUUCUGAAUGGCGAUUUGAGCGAGCUGUCUUUAUAAGCUUUCAGAUUCAUAGGAAUAUUACCGCUGCUGUAAUAUUUAGUUAUAAUGAUUGAUGACGAGCGAGGGCAGAGAGAAAACUAUUUGUUGUGUCUUGAUAAUUAUUAGACGCAGACAAUUCCCAGUAUGCAUAUGAAUAUCGCAUCCCUUUGUGUUGAUAAUACUUUAUAAAUGAUGUGCGAGCGAAAUGAGCUGAAUUUUUUUGAUGCCUAUGGCUUUAUAUUGCAUAGAAAAAGCACGUGACAUAGCGUACACUUGACAGAAUUUUAGACAGACGUGCGCGCGCUUGAUGCGCCCCCCACUGUAAACGACCUGUAAUGUUUGUUUUUUCAAAAGUAGGUACCUACCAAGUUUAAGAAACAUUUGUACAAAGUUUCUCAUAUUUGUUUGUUUUUCGUUAUUUAGCCUCUUGUGCCCACCACACAGGCUGACUUUUAAAAUCCCGGGAAUAUAGAACACUACACUACAGCGGAGGCAGUGAUCAUAAUUGGGAUCUUAAAUCGUUUAGUUAAUGGCAUGGAUCCUAUAAAUUAAUUGAUUGAUGUCUCUAGUGUCCGCAGUAUUUUGCUAAUGAUAUUAAUUUACAUUAUCAAAAUUGUCCUUUUAAUAGUGUAAAUAUAAACAGAGCUUCAAAGUUAAUAAUGCAGAGAGAUAUGUGACUACUAAUUAUUUCAGUGAUCAGUCAAAGAGAUAUGACUACAUAUUGUUUCAACGAUCAUUCUUUAUAAACAAACACCAAAACGUAAUAGUUUUACACUCAUUGGAUACAUAAUGUACCUUUCACGAUUGUUUCACUAUGUAGCAUAAGCUCAUUAAAAAUGUCAUGCAACAUAAUAAAUUGUUACGUAGUAUUUUCAAAAUGUAGCGAUGCUUUUGCAUUUUUCCAAUAAAGGGUAUUCCGAAGUAGGAAAAACUGUAAAUCUUAAACAUAAAUAAAUUAUUUCUAUGUACAAAAUGUGAUUUUUUUUAUAAUGAAGUUCUUGAUAUUUAUAUGCUAUUUGACUUUUUAGUAGUAUUUUAUUAGCUUAUCAAAGUGUUCUCCGUUGUUUAUUUGUAAAUACAAUAUGACAUGUAAGACGCCUAAAAUUUCAAAAUAGCACAGUCACAUAGAGGAAGAGAAAGAAAAACCCACACUACUAGUUAUCCACAAUCCCGUUUACUAGAACAUAAUAACAUACUUGUGUACUAUGUACUGUAUUAGAAUAUUUGUGUACUAUACUGUAGAAUAAGGGUUUUUGAAACAUCAAUAACCUAAAUGUUUUACUUCAUUACUGAUAUUCCUGAUUAGUAUGAUUAUUUGACUUUAUACUGUAUAGAUACCGUACUUAUGAUCUAUGCGUGCUGAAUAUCCACUUGAAUGAUUUACUCAAGCAAUUACACAAAAUCUGUACUUAUUCUUGUUUGUAUGCCGAAUAAAUUUGAAACUUA